AUGUCGAACCCCUUCCCGUCCGACUGGAGCCUCAGCUCUCCGAAAGAGCAAACGGCGCCGCCCGCUCGACCGCCGCUCAUCCCGCUCCGCAACCUCUCCCUCAAGAACGCCUUCGGCUACUGCGGCCAGAUAAUAUCGCGCCUCUCGGCAGACUGGUCGCUGCCCGCGCUCGACCGCAGCUCGUCGACACGCGAGUCCUCGACGCCGUCGUCGCCCAUCACGCCGGCCGACGAAUACAGCGACUACAACAACAACAACGACAAGGCAUCGGCCUCGUCGUCCUCGUCCUACAAGUUCCCGUUCCCGUGUUCGCCACGAGCGAAACAACAGCGAUGGCGCACCGAGAUGCGCGACCUCUGCAACUCGCAGCUCGGGCUGCAACUGGCCAUCGUCCUGCCCGAGUGCACGUCUGCAACAGCACCAUCGUCAUCAGCAUCGCGCCCCUCACAAUGCUGUUGUCAGCGAAUGGAGCUGCGGCAUAGUGAGGGGCCCGGCGGCGACGCGAUUCCGGUUUUGGAUCUGGAUGCAGUGCAUGAGGAAGAAGAUCAGUCGUCGUCGAUUGGUGGUGGUGGUGGCGAAGGGGGAGGAGCUGAAUCGACACAAGCAGGGCCGGAGGAGGAAGCUUCAGGCGACGACACGGUGCGGCUCAACGCUGGUGCUGCUGCAGUGAGCAGCAAUAGCCGCAGCAGCAUCCGCACAAACGGCAGUGAGCUGGCGAAAUAUGCAGGCCGAUUAGUCGCGCCACGUGAUUUGCUGUUUGAGUAG